AUGAGUUGUUCGCCAAGUGCUGCUGCAAUGGGAAACAACGGUGAACUAGAUGCUGAAAAAACCAUUGAAGCUAUGGAGAAAAGCUUUGAAAAUCUGGAGUGCAUAAAUAGAGUGAACAUAAACUCAAUAAAAAAGUUAACCGAUGAAUAUGAUAUACUCUCUCAAUCUUAUAAUGAAGAUUUCGAAAGGCUUACUUAUAAUGCUAUAGAAGAGGUCAAGAAGCUGUCGGAGAACAAUUAUGCUGAAGAAAGUAUAAGAAAAUUGGCAGAAGAUCGUAAGAAACAUGAGGAGAACUUGGAAAGAAGAAUAUCUGAGAUUCGAAAAGAACUUGAUGCAGCAGAGGAAGAAUCGCUUAAGCUACAUAAACAAGCUUUGGAUAGUAUAAAGCAAAUUAAAGAAAGCCAGGCAAUUUCUGACCGUUACAAUUAUAGAUCUUUUAAUUGCUACAACGUAGGAGAGCUGUAUUUUAUGCCAUUCAUGGAUGCUAUGCAGGAAAAGUAUAAUUGUGAAGAAAAAGAAGCAUUUUAUUUGGCUAGAGCAAUUUACCAAGUUUGGGAGGAAUACCUCCAAGAUCCUAACUGGCACCCGCUAAAAGUAGUUCACGUUAAUGGACAACCUAAGGAAAUAAUAGAUGAGGACGAUCCAAAGUUGAAAAACCUAAAGAUUCAAUAUGGCGAAUCGGUGCAUGAAGCUGUGACCGAAGCUUUAACCGAGAGAAUGCAGUACAACCCCGUAGAAAGACGCGCUGUAGAAGUUCUUUGGAACGGCAAACAGAAUAGACCUGCUACGCUAGGUGAGGGAAUUGGGAAACUAGUGCAACUACUGCAGGAGUGGGAGGAACGGUGUUUUCGGACAAGAAGGCACUAA